AUGUCAACGAAUCCAACGGAGAAUACGGAGAGCGACAUGCAAAAUAGAUCUCGUCUAACAGGGACAGCGCGUCCAGUAGAGGUCCAGAAGAACCUUUCAGAUACCACCUCGGACAAGGCGACUGCAGCAUUUAUUCGCCGUACUCUCUGCUCACACGAGGUCCUACUAGGAAAUGGCGAGAAAGGACAGACCACACCACGCCCCAUCGAAGAGGUAUUGCCACCACUGACCAGCUCGAACGAAGUCGACCUCCAGCUAUACGCUAUUAUCUCAGUGAUUAUCCGGGAUUUUGUGCAAGCGUGGUAUUCAAAAAUCACCCCUGAUCAGGUCUUCGUCAACGAAAUAAUCCUAAUCAUUGCCCAUUGCACGACAGCUCUUGAGCAACGUCUUCAACAAGUCGAUUUGGAAGCACUAUUGUUUGACGAGAUUCCCGAGCUGGUCCAGGCCCAUUUAAACUCGUAUCAUUUAGCGAAAGCGCAAGCUGUAUCAACAAGCUCACUAGUUUCGGAUACUCGUUUGGUGUACCACACCCUCCACCCGCACCCUGCACUUUCACCUGUACCUAGCGAGGGAGUGCCAGGAUCGAGCGUUGAACAACGUGAGAAUGAGUCUGUAUGGCGCCAACUGCUUAUCCAAGGACUACUCGCCAUUAUUCUACCCACAGAAGAUCUUGAAAAUGGAUGCCUCCGCGCGUUGGUAGCCGAGAUAUUUGCCGAAAUGAUAUUUGCGAAUGGCAUCAGUGGAAAGGCUUGCGAAAGCUGGCUGUUGUGGGAAUGCAUUACGAAAAUCGCUGAAAUCAUACACACCAAUGAAACGAACGAGUCCCCCCAGUCGGUUGAUGAUGAUCCAAAGCAACCUUUAGCCCGUCUGGAACGCUUCGGACUGUUAGCUGGUCAGAGAGACCAGAAGUACGCACCUGGGAAACUACCUACCACCACAGGCCAGGGUCACCAUAAGUUCAGGCUUUCAUCUAUCCUGGAUCUGUUCUGGACCACCGUACACUAUGUCUUCUGGGCGUUUAUGGCGCUGCGUGUGGUGGUAUCGAGUCUGGUGAACGUACCAUCGCUUCCUUCUAGAUUCAUCGCCUGCGAGCAGUCAUUUGCGGGAGCGCCGAGCCAACCGCAACUGCCUCAUAUGGGUCCUGCAACAAAUGGUCGAAUGAAAGGACAUAAACGGCCAAUACUAAGCAUGAAGCUGUGGAGUUGUGCUGCGCAAAUUGCUGAUCUGGAUGUCCGCAUGCCUUGGCUGUUGGGCUUCAUCUCGAUGCUCCACAUGGGAGCGUUGGUCGGCCCAGGUAGAGUGGGUGAGACGGAUGGUGUAUUGGAUAGGUUUCUUUCCCAUGCUAUCCAUACGCGAAUCCUGAACCCCGCUUUGGUGCCUGUUCUUCUUCGGACCAUCCGCGCGACACUGUUCCCAAAUAACGCGCUGGGGCCUCCACGUCAAAUUCCAUCCGAUGAAGAAGCGAGGGCGAUCAAGGAUCGAUGUGCUGCUUCGCUUUUGGCAUUGCUGCCCGUCCGAGUGGCUACCAUCUACUUUGCCACAUCUCAGCGGGAAGUGCAACUUGAGCACAUGAAAGAAACCCUGAGUUCGUUCGAGGACGCAUACCUCAAUAAGCAUCUCAUUUACCAGAUUGUGGAGCUAAUCGUGGUCCGUCUGGCUCCAGAGCUGGGGGUCCAAGGCGUUCAGGAACUGUUCGAGGAGCGCAUGAGCUAA